AUGGAUAAUGAAAUAGAUUAUCCAGAGGCGGGCGGGCCUGCCUGGGGUAAAAUUGUUAUCGAACAAUAUUUGAUUAGAAAUUGGUAUUUUUCUUCGGCUGAAGAGCCCAGCCUACAGCGACAGCGACUCGUUCAGGCGUUUCUCGAAAUGGAUGAGAUUCCUGACACAUGGGAUGAUUUUAAGGAUCCGCCUCCACGUCUACCCACCGAGGAAGAAAUAAAUACUAUUCUUCGGCCGUGGAGGUCUGAUGAAUACCUUCGUAUAAUAGCAAGUCAGAUGUUUGAAGAAGACAACAUUCCUGUUCUUCUACGCACCUAUUACAAUCCAGAAGACGAUGGCAAAAUAAAUAAAUGGACUGCAGAUCAGAAUCUGUUCGAGAGAAAUGACACAUGGACCCGUCUUGACGAUCCGGAGUUUUUUAAUUUUGGCCCUGAUUGGAGACGUAUAUAUGACAUUCUCCCAGAGGUUGCUGGUCCCAUGAACCACCCCCUCAGACGAUCUGUUGCAGAGGAGCAUAUUAAGAGUUUCCAAGAACAAUUCAAAAAUUUCUUAUCGUCGUGGAAGCAGAAACAUCCGGAGGAAUGGAGUACAGAUCCAGAGAAAUUUAUUGAGAAUUGUGCGCUUCGUCUACAAACUAUCUUUGUCAAGUCGAUGCUUCUUAUUGCAGACCAGGAGGCCUUUCAGACUGGAAAUGCUUGGCUGCUCUUUUUAGAUGGCCAGCGAAAUAUUAUUCGGGAGGGCCGCGUCAACCUGAAUAAAAAGGGCAUUGACGAUAUAGCUAUGGACUAUGACCAGACUAGCGAAAUACCGGAAGAGCUAAAUGUCGGUGAGAAGUAUAGGCUAAAUGGGGAGAUAGGGAAGGAUCUGUACCGCUUAACUGAUGAGGAUCUUGCGGAUCCUUGA